AUGCAACCUCGACCGAUCCCUUCCAACCCUUCUCAAGGGGAUAACAGCCAAAUGAUGGUAGAUAACGAAAUGGGUUCACCAUCUACCGGUCCUUCGGGAGGAGGAGUAGGAGGGAUUUCACCAUUCUUAGGACCAGGAUUAACGUUUUCUAAAAUAACUGAAAAUGCAAAUCAACCUUUAACACCUCCUGCACCUAUACGAUUCGCUACUACCUCCAAUGCAUUUGGGUUAUCACCUUCGACAUCAACUUCAAAUUCGAACAUCUCUAUCUCUUCGACCUCGUCUACAAAUACUAUCCGAGACCAGGUAGGAAAUGGAAGUGGAAGCGGAAGUGGUAUUCCACUUGGAAUGAGGGUUGAUAUUUCCCCUCCGUCAGCUGGAUCAAUCACCACCAGGAAACUUCGUCGACCGUCCAUGUUGAGCUUACAGCAGAAUUUCUCAUUUGGAUCAGAUGCUUCGGGUGGAAAAGCAGAUGACGAAUCGACUCCGAUGGGCGAAGUAAAUCCAAAUUCGAACGAACUACAAAUGAACAUGAAUACAGACAUGUUUCAAGAUCCCUCAAGUUCCAAAUCAGCUACCGCGCCAAUUCAUACACCACCAUUCAACACCAACACAUUGCAACCUACACCACGAUGGGCAGGACACGGAGGAUCUUUUGCAAAUGCUUUAAUCAGACGAACGAGCUCUGCACCCAGCAUCCCAUUCGAAGAUCUGAAAACUUCCACUCCACCUAUCACUCCUACCCCUCAAUUGCCAGCGGAGGAAUCUAACAUGAUGAUGAUGGAUAUGGAAGAAGACGCACAAGGAUCAACCUCUUCCGGUGCAGGGGCAGAAACUUCUCUGAGGUGGCAACCAUCACAUUUGAAAUCAUUUUCGUCAUCUAAUCUCCGUAAAGGAAAGGGAAAGAUGGAAGAUCAAAAUCAAGAUCAAAGUCAUCCAUCGGGAUUAGAUUUACUUUCACCUACUUCCAUCCCUAUCCAACCAUUACCAUUCACGGGAAAACCAUUACCCAACGCAUUACUCAAGACUCUAGCAUCUGAAGAAAGACCUUUAGAUCAAGAGAUUGAAUCUGAAGCUAGAUUACAGAAAUUCCUUCUAUCCCAUCCCACAAAGCUACCCCUGACCCCUCGAAAUAACAUCAAAAUGAACAAAGGUUCUAGAGGCAGAUUUCCAGAUCAAGUUGGUGGGGACGAUGAUGAUAAUGAAGAUGAUAUAUUAUUUUCGACGGGUCCCAAUCGACGAUCCACAAGUUGGACAACGAGCUUAUCGAGAAGAAGUAGGAAUUGGAUGGAUAGAGCUAGGUUCGAUGAUGAUACAGAUACAGAAUCGGAUGAUGACGAUGAUGAAGAGAUUCUCACCAAUACUUCUACAAAUAACAAUAACCAUAACACUAAUAAGGGAAAAGAGGAACCGGUGAAUACAGCUUUUGCAGCUGGGAUGGAUAUGGAUCGACCUGGUUCAUCCUCGUCCUCUUCAGUAAAUAUGUGGAGUGGGGGUGGAAGUAUAUCAAAUGAUAAUUCUGGUAAAUCAACUCCACCUCAAGUUCCUAUAGGAAUGGCCAACCCGUUCCCUACUCCUCCAUCUACAAAUAACAAUAAUUCUUUUCCACCGAAUUUCAACAAUUCGCGCUCAGCAAGAUUAUCUUUCGGUCAAAGUCAAGGGAUGGUGCCUUCUCCAGGAUACGGACUCCCCUCUGCGUUUGGCGGAUUAGGUAUGGGAGGUAAUGGGAUUGGUACACCGCUAGGAAGUCCGACAGUCGAAAGAGCAGAACUUGGUGCUUCGCCCAGUGGCAGUGGGACAAUGGGAGUGGGAAGUCCAGGUUUGAUGCUGUACAGAGAGAGUCAGGGUGGUCAGGCAACUGUCAGACCGGGAAAAAGGAAGGCCCAAGCGGAAGAUCGGUUCGAUCCCUAUAAACGUCCUCGAGGUAGUUCACCCUCUUUCAUGGGUUCUUCACCAUUCCCAAUUUCACCCUCUCGUACCAACGCAAUUCCCAUCCCUCAAUCACCUUCCCACGCUCCAUUAUACCCCUCGUCAUUGUCAUCUCUUUCUGCUUCUCAUCCUGCUAGACAUGCUCAACAUGGAGGUAGACCUCAACAUCCGUAUACUAGACCAAUGACCAGUCGUUCGAGAGCUGCCUCUCCUGCGUUGAGUAUAGGAAGUACCAACGGUCUAAGUUCGAGUCUGGGUAACAAGACGUUCACGGGGAAUGGUGCCGUUCAACUGCAGCAACAACAGCAGCAGCCUCAGCAGCAACUUGGCGGAUUGGGAUUAUUGAGCUUGCAGAACAGUCGGGUGGACGAAGAGGAUGAGGCGCAGGAGAUGAAAAGGGUUGAUUCGGAGGAGAAGAUGGAAGAGGAUUAG